GGUAGUAGAGAUGGGUGCCUUGAAUUCGGAAAUGCAUUUCUUGCUUUCCUUCUUCAUUCUCGCACUUCCACACUAUACUUUUCCCACAAGUUCUCAGCCAACCUUUUUAUAUCACACCUGUUCCAACGAAGCCAACUACACCAACCACAGCCCUUUCAACAAAAAUCUCCAAACCGUACUUCUCUCCAUCUCUUCCAACACACAAGUCGAUUACGGUUUCUACAACGCCACUUCCGGCCAAGAUCCCGACCGAGCCACCGCUUUGGCUCUUUGCCGUGGAGGCGUUCCAUUGGAACAAUGUAGAAGCUGUGUGUAUAACUCAACGCUCAGAAUUACUCAAGAUUGUCCAAACCAGAGAGAGGCAGAAGGAUGGUACCAAGAUUGUCAAAUUCGUUACUCAAACAACUCGAUUUACGGCGUCGAAGACACCAGUACGCUGAUGUUCUUUUGGAACUAUCAAAGAGCGGAAGACCCAGAUGGGUUCAAUGAGGCACUAAGGAGUUUGUUGGAUCGGCUGCAAUCGGAGGCUGCGGCGGGGAGUUCUAUUAAGAAGUCAGCUCAGGGAGGGGAGAAGAUUCGAAGUCCGAGCAUGGAUACAAUAUAUGGAUUGGUUGAUUGUUUUCCUGAUUUGUCUUACUUGGGUUGUUUUGAUUGCCUCAAUCAGCUUCAAGCUUCUAUUCCUAGUUGUUGUAACGCCAGCAUAGGGGUGAGAUUACUUGCAACUAGUUGUCAACUCAAUUACGAGUUCCACCCCAUUUAUCCCCCGCUUUUGUCUCCGCCUCCACCUCCGCCUCCGCCUCCGCCGCCGCCUUCUCAUUCUCCUCCUCCUCUGCCCUCACCCUCGUCAUAUUCGCCUCCAAAACCUGGAAAUAACGGCAAUACCGGUAUAAGUAGAACUGUUUUAAUCAUUAUGGUGACCAUCGUUUCUGCUGUCAUUCUUCUUGUUGGCAUUUUUAUCACUUUGAUAUUGAGGAACCAAAAUCACAAAAGACCAUUACGCAAUUUCGAAGAUACAUCUCUUGGAGACAUCGGUAGUGAAAUUAGCAGUGUGGAGAUGAUUCAAUUUGAUUUUGAUAGCAUUAAAGUGGCAACAAAUGACUUCUCAACUGAAAACAAGCUCGGACAGGGUGGAUUUGGAGCUGUUUAUAAGGGUAAGCUACAUAAUGGACGGCCUAUAGCUGUGAAAAGGCUUGCUAAUAAUUCCCAACAAGGGGAUGUUGAAUUCAAAAAUGAAGUACUUUUGGUGCUCAAGCUUCAACAUCGAAAUUUGGUUAGGCUACUUGGGUUCUGUUUGCAAAGAAGCGAAAGACUUCUCAUAUAUGAGUUUGUACAAAAUGGCAGCCUUGACCACUUUAUAUUUGAUUUUACGAAGCGGACACUAUUAGAUUGGGAAACGCGUUACAGAAUCAUAAAUGGCAUUGCGAAAGGACUUCUGUAUCUUCAUGAAGAUUCUCGCCAUCGAAUCAUACAUCGUGAUCUUAAAGCUAGCAAUAUUUUGUUGGAUGAAGAAAUGAAUCCGAAGAUUGCAGAUUUUGGUAUGGCCAAAUUAUUUGAAGUAGAUCAGACUCAUGGCAAUACAAAUAGAAUUGUGGGAACUUAUGGCUAUAUGGCUCCGGAGUAUGUAAUGCAUGGACAAUUCUCAGUCAAAUCAGAUGUCUUUAGCUUUGGAAUUUUGGUUCUUGAGAUUUUGAGUGGUAAAAAAAACAAUAAUUUUCACAAUGGAGAAUACUUAGAAGAUCUCUCAAGCUUUGCAUGGACAAAUUGGAGGGUAGGAACGAUUGCAAACGUCAUAGAUUCAACCCUUAGCGGUGGUUCAAGAAUUGAGAUGAUAAGAUGCAUCCAUAUUGGAUUAUUGUGUGUUCAGGAAAAUGUAACAAAUCGACCAACAAUGACUUCAGUAGUCAUGAUGCUAAGUAGUUCUUCUCUCACCCUUCCUAUACCCUCUAAACCAGCAUUCUUCUUGCACAGUGCUACGAAUAGAUCUAACACAUUGCUAAGGCCGUAUGAAACUAAUUGUAAUAGCGUGCCUAUUCAAUUUUCAACGAAUAACAUUUCAAUUUCGAAGAUCCAUCCUCGUUAG